AUGGAGGUGCUUAGGCUGCCCACUACCAAUCGCAAGCUAGCAAAUGUCGCGGAACAGGCUCGAAAGCUCCGGCCGAGGAUGCAGGCUAUGUACGACAUGUUGUCGGAAUCGCGUACUUAUAUGGAUUGCAGCGGUCAUUCUGGUGAAGAUCGUGCUGCUGCCGAGGAAGAUGUUCAUGUCCUUUUUGCAGACUUCAUCACUGUGUCCAAUUUCAGAACUGACACCAUGUGUGAGUUUAUUUUGCCUGUGAUCAGAAAGUUUUCUUCGGUGUUCACUGUGCUACGCAGAGUUUAUGAUUCCUUCCUGGCUAACUUGCACCCUUUUCUUGUGCAGUGUUCAGAGAACCAUAUUCGAGAAGGUGUCUUAUAUUGUGCGAAUAUCCCAAUUCUUCGCUUUCCUAAACUGACUUCUCCAAUGAAAACAAGCACAUCCAAAAGCAAGGAGCAGGUCGCUAUUGGUAAUGAAGAGACGAUGCGAACAGUCUCUCAUCAUCUUGACAAUCUACUGUUCCCCGUGCUUGCUGGCGAGGACAUGGUGGUUUGUGGCUCUGAGCAAAGGAAGCACACCGUUAUAGAUUUUGUGGACAAAAUCAACUCUUUGAAGCCGAAAGCUCAUCCAAAUCAUAAAGUUGUUCUAUGGACGAAGGAUCAGGAAGUUCGACCUAAAGGAGUAAUUGGUGUCUGUUACGAACGCGGAGAGUCGGCCGCAUUGAAUCUGCCUGAUACCGCGAUUCUUGAUGCGAAUGCCUGCGUGCUCCAUAUGGAUUGCAGCGGUCAUUCUGGUGAAGAUCGUGCUGCUGCCGAGGAAAUGUUCAUGUCCUUCUUGCAGACUUCAUCACUGUGUCCAAUUUCAGAACUGACACCAUGUGUUUAUGAUUCCUUCCUGGCUAACUUGCACCCUUUUCUUGUGCAGUGUUCAGAGAACCAUAUUCGAGAAGGUGUCUUAUAUUGUGCAAAUAUCCCAAUUCUUCGCUUUCCUAAACUGACUUCUCCGAUGAAAACAAGCACAUCCAAAAGCAAGGAGCAGGUCGCUAUUGGUAAUGAAGAGACGAUGCGAACAGUCUCUCAUCAUCUUGACAAUCUACUGUUCCCCGUGCUUGCUGGCGAGGACAUGGUGGUUUGUGGCUCUGAGCAAAGGAAGCACACCGUUAUAGAUUUUGUGGACAAAAUCAACUCUUUGAAGCCGAAAGCUCAUCCAAAUCAUAAAGUUGUUCUAUGGACGAAGGAUCAGGAAGUUCGACCUAAAGGAGUGAUUGGUGUCUGUUACGAACGCGGAGAGUCGGCCGCAUUGAAUCUGCCUGAUACCGCGAUUCUUGAUGCGAAUGCCUGCGUACUCCGUACUGUACCUUAUCGUGGAGUGUUACUUUCAAGUCUACGGCACAAAAGACGGUUUCCUUCUGAUGCUGCUCUAAUCGCUUUUGUGGCAGCCACGCUUACAAAUUUAUCGUCAUUGGUGUAUAUUUCUCGAUUUUUGUCACCGAUGCAUUUGGAAAAUGAAAACCUCUCAUUCGAUGAUGAGCGGAUACUUGUAAAUCUUCUCACUGAACUGGAUCUAGUCAAGUAUCAAGGCCUGAAAUGUGCUCUCGAGAAGAGACGAUCAAAUGCAAUCACAAAAGCUAUCCUACUUUGA